GUUCACCAUCUCCAUCGUCUCCGUCCAGUUGACGACCGCCGUUGUUCUCCUCACUCUCUCCGACCCAGACGAUCAUGAACGAAGUAAUGGCUGCUUCAUUACCAAAUUCUGGUGAUGUUCAUGGUGGAGUUUGCCAGGUUAGUCCCGAAGAAGCCGAGUCUAUCAAGCAUCGUGUCGACGAGAUUCUCCAGCGAGUUGACACGCUUGAGCAGAAACUGCAAGAAGUCGAGCAGUUUUACUCGAGUGUAGGCGAAACUGUUAACCAGUUGAACCUCUCUAGCCCGAGCACUGCCGGUAAAGACAAAGAAAAAGGGAGGCAUGUGCUCGGGGUUAGGAAGCUGCAGCAAGAGGCGGCUCGUCGAGAAGCUGUAGCUGCAAAGAGAAUGCAAGACCUCAUGCGUCAGUUUGGAACAAUUUUCCGUCAGAUAACGCAGCACAAGUGGGCAUGGCCAUUUAUGCAUCCCGUCGAUGUGGAAGGUCUUGGCCUGCAUGAUUAUUAUGAGAUUAUUGAUAAGCCCAUGGAUUUCAGUACAAUAAAGAAUCAAAUGGAGGCGAAGGAUGGUACAGGAUACAAACACGUUAUGCAAAUAUAUACCGAUAUGAAGCUAGUUUUUGAGAACGCGAUGAAAUAUAACGAGGAAAAAAGCGAUGUUUAUUCUAUGGCGAAAACAUUACUCGAAAAGUUCGAGGAGAAAUGGGCACAAUUCCUUCCAAAGGUUAAAGAAGAGGAGAAAAGACGGGAGGAGGAUAAGAACCAAGCCGAGUUGGAGAUGCAGCUAGCAAAAGAGGCAUCUCAUGCUAAGAUAACUAGAGAAAUAAACAACGAGAUCUGCGAUGUUGACGCUGAGUUGGAGGAGCUCCGGAGUAUGGUUGUCCAAAAAUGCAGGAAAAUAUCAAUCGAAGAGAGGAGAGAUAUCGGAUUGUCGAUGCCGAAACUAUCUCCGGAUAAUCUUCUGAAAGCGCUGGACAUACUAGCUCAGGGUAACCCGAGCUUCCAAACAACAGAAGCGGUGGUGAAUGUCGAGAUGGACACAUUGGACGAACCGACCCUUUGGAGGCUAAAGAUCUUUGUGAAGGAUGCAUUGGAAGAUCAGAAGAAGAAGACGAGCAUUGGAGUAGAUCACAGAAGCAAAGAUAUCGAGAGAGGGAUAAGGACGAAGAACGAGAAAUGCAAAGGAGGCGGCAAUAAGCGGAAGAGAGGAGAAUUGUAGCGGGAAAAUUCCCCGAGGAAAUCGGGUUUUCGGGGGGGCAAUGGCCAAGAGAGUUGCAGAAGCAAAAUCUCCAUGGUUGUUUUCCAUUUCUCGUAGAUUCACUUCAGAGUUUCCCCGUUAGUUUUUUGUUAGCGUAUGACCGAAGUGUAUAGUGGAAAUGAGUAGUUAGCAGCCUCCUUCAAGAGAAUGUUGCCGAAAAAGGAAAUUUUCCUACUGAUAAUAAAAUAUAUUUGCAAUGCCUUAA